UCGAGUGGACGGGACGCUUCUUCAACAGCAACAAGGCUAUUGAUUCAACCACCUCGCUAGCCUUUCUUUGGCAAUUUUUUCGUAUAUCAAUCUAGGUGUUUUAAACACAAUUAUGUUUACGUAUCUACUGGUUUACUUAAAAGUAAUUUGCUUGUUAACUUUGCAAAAAACGUGUUAAGUUUGAUACUGAGCCUAGCACUAGGCUUGUCGCUAAUGCUAACGUCCCUGACCAUGAGCUCACUAAGCUACUCCCCUCCUGCUAAAGAAGAGGAGGGCUGCUGGUCGGAGAAAGAAGCUCUGGGUCUGAACAUUGUCGUAAAAGAAGAAGAGGAGAAUAUUACAGUGAAAGAAGAGGAGGAAGCUUUCAGAAUAAAACAGGAGGAAGAGGAUGCUAUCAUAUUGAAAGAGGAAGAACCUUUUGCAGUGAAAGAGGAAGAGGAGGCUAUCUCAAUAAAAGAGGAGGAGGAAGACGUAUUGGGGGUGGAGGAAGAGGAGACAGAAGACCUGAUUAACAUCAGAGAGAGACCAGACUCUGACAGCGAGAAGAGUCCUUUAGGAGAACCAGACCCAGAGACGCCCAAACCAGCAGGACCACACCACUGCUCUCAAUGUGGAAACAGUUUUUCUACGUUAGGGAACCUAAAACGUCAUGAGAUGGCACACACAGGAGAGAAGCCUUUCCAAUGUUCCCAGUGUGAUAAGAGUUUUACCCAGAUAGGGAGCCUGAAAAGGCAUGAAGGAAUACACAAAGAAGGGAGGAAGACCUACCACUGCUCUCAGUGUGGAAAGAGAUUUACUCAGUUAGGGAGCCUGAAAACACACAAGACAAUACACACAGGAGAGAAGCCUUUCCAAUGUUCCCAGUGUGAUCAUAGUUUUACCCAGAUAGGAAACCUGAAUAGGCAUGAAGGAAUACACACAGGAGAAAAGCCCUACCAAUGCUCCAAGUGCGACAAGAGAUUUUUACGAUCACAGUACCUAAAAUCUCAUGAGAUGACACACACAGAGGAAAAGUCUUUCCACUGCUCCCACUGUGGAAAGAGUUUUACUCAGUUACGGAGCCUGAAAAGACAUAAGAGGACACACAAAUGAGAAAAGCCCUACCACUGAUCCCACUGUGGAAAUAGUUUUACUCAGUUAGGGAGCCUGAAAAUGCAUAAAAGUAGACACUCUGGAGGAAAGACAUACCACUGCUCUCAUUGUGGAAAGACAUUUUCCCAGUCAGAGGACCAGAAGUCACAUGAGAGAAUAGAGAGGCUAUGUUCUGACUUAUGUUUUUGACUGAGAAUUUGUGUUUUUGGUUAUGCCACAUUAAAUCAUAUUGUUUAUAAUAAAAUCAGAGUCUAUUCCCUUAUGCAAUUUAUGUUCCUCUAACUCCCCUGAGUGCCUCUGUCAAUUCAACAGCUAUUGUAUGCAGCAAUCAUGUGCCUAUAAACCAGAAUUAUACUAUUAACACUGAGACGGUUUGCCCUCGUAAGAAGUCCACUGUGUGCAUAUCACCCUGCACUAACAUUAAUAACAUGAGCAUGUCUACUUCCCAGAUCAAAUUUUAUUUGUCACAUACACGUGUUUAGCAGAUGUUAUUGUGGGUGUAGCGAAAUGCUUGUAACAAUUCGAAUCUGAGAAAAGUGCUACAAAUAGUCCACAUUAACACGUGUAGCCUUAGAAACAAGGGUCAUGAAAUCAGUAAGUCAACAGAUAACAUUCAUAUACUGUCUCUGAAAUUCACUUAGAGAAUAGCUUUGAUGAACCAAUGGUAGCAAUACAUGGUUACGACCUCUAUAGAAGAGACAGAAAUUCCAAUGUUUAUACUCAGUCAUAUUCCUGUUAAGCUCAGAGAGGAUCGGAUGUCAAAUGCUGUGGAAGUACUAUGGCUACAGGUUCACCUGCCUCACCUAAAGCCCAUUCUUGUGGGAAGUUGCUAUAGACCACCAAGUGCUAACAGUCAGUAUCUGGAUAACGUGUAAAAUGCUUGGUAAUGUAUGCGAUGUCAACAGAGGUAUAUUUUCUGGGUGACUAAAUAUUUACUGGUUUUCAUCAAGCUGUUCACUCAAGAAAACGCUUCCAACUGUAACUAGUGCCUGCAUCCUGGUUCAGGUUAUCAGUCAACCUGCCAGGGUAUUUACAAACAGCACAGUAAUGAAAUCAUCCACAUGUAUUGAUCACAUCUUUACUAAUGCUGCAGAAAUCUGCUUUAAAGCAGUAUCCAAAUCCAUCGGAUGUAGUGAUCACAAUAUAGGAGCCAUAUGUAGGAAAAGUAGAGGCUGGGCCUAACAUAGUGUAUAAGAGGUAAUACAAGAGGUUUUGUAGUGAUUCCUAUGUUGAAGAUGUAAAUAAUAUUUGUUGGUCUGUGGUGUGUAAUGACGAGCAACCAGACGCUGCCCUUGACACAUUUAUGACAUUUCAUAUCCCAGUUACCAGUAAGCACGCACCCAUUAAGAAAACGACUGUAAAAUCUGUCCAAACCUUGUGGAUUGAUGAGGAAUUGAAAAAUGGUAUGGUUGAGAAGGAUGAUGCAAAAGGAAUGGCAGAUAAGUCUGGCUGCACAGCCAAUUGGCAAACCUACUGUAAAUUGACAAGUCAUGUGACUAAAACUAAACUAAAGAAGAAGAAACUGUACUAUGAAACAAAGAUAAAUGGGUCCCGUUUUAAAUUACCUACUGCUUAUAGAGGGUUCAUAAAUCCUUCAUAAACACUACAUGACUGUGUCACAAAGCAUCUAGAUCCUUAUUUCAUGCUUUACAAAAAAAAAAGAAAUGCAUGAAAUGAAAUGAAAUGUAUGCAUUCACUACUGUAAGUCGCUCUGGAUAAGAGCGUAUGCUAAAUGACUAAAAUGUAAUGUAAAUGUAAAUGUUAUAAAGGGUUCAUAAAUGUGGCAUAACUGUGUGACAUAACCACCAAUGUCAAAAUGUGACAUAACCCACUAUGUGAAAUAUGACAUAAACCAGUGCUUUAUAAAUGUUGGCAUAAGCACCACUUAAUAAAGGCUUUAUAAAUCAUA